CGUGGUCUCCAGCGGCGGGCGGGGGAGGGUCUCCCGGGGUGGGCGUGCGCGUGACCCCUGCCCUCCGCCCCCAGCCAUGAGCGCGCAGCCCCCCAACUUCUCGUGGGUGCUGCCCGGCCGCCUGGCGGGGCUGGCGCUGCCCCGGCUGCCCGCGCACUACCGCUUCCUGCAGGAGUGCGGCGUCCAGCACCUGGUGUCGCUGACCGAGCACCGGCCCCCGCACGCCGACAGCUGCCCCGGCCUCGCGCUGCACCACCUGCGCGUCCCCGACUUCACGCCGCCGGCCCCCGAGCAGAUCGACCGCUUCGUGCAGCUGGUGGACGAGGCCAGCGCCCGCGGCGAGGCCGUGGCCGUGCACUGUGCACUGGGCCGGGGCCGGACCGGCACCAUGCUGGCCUGCUACCUGGUGAGGGCCCAGGGCCUGACCGCGGGGGACGCCAUCGCAGAAAUCCGGCGCCUUCGGCCGGGCUCCAUCGAGACCCACGAGCAAGAGAAGGCCGUGUUCCAGUUCUACCAGCGGACCAAGUAGGCUGGGCCCCCGCGAACCCCGGAGCUCCCGGCUGGCACUACUGGGGACCCGCUGC